AUGGACGCGUCGACAGGAGCCGUUCCUUUGUCUCUUUCCUUGUCCGAGGAUGGGUUUUAUGGUGCCCGCGUGAGUGGCAAGGACUUGGUCGUUCACUCGAACCCUUUCUCUCCAGAGAACAGGGAAGUGCAAAUCGCAAGGCUUAAAGAGACCACGCCCAGAUUUCUUCGAUUCAGUCCGGCAAGAACAACAUCCGGGACAUACAAUGAUGAAGGUAUCUCUGGGAGGCGUCUUCUCAGCGCCAAUGACUCUCGCAUCUCGGUCUGGCAGCUCGACCCGCUGCAAUUGUUCGCUGAGAUCGAAAGCAUCGAACCAGGUGCAUUAAAUGUGGACUUUGGUGGCGACGAGAAUGAAAUCCUUGUCUUCCAUGCCUGGAAUACAAAGUUGAGCAUCCACUCGCUGGAGACCGGUCGCAGCUCAGUGAUCAAGACGCCAAAGUCCGCUCACCACCUCGGAUUCGGAUACCGUCCCCAGACUCGACAGCUGGCCAUUCUUUUGAAACCGGACGCAUCAGACUUGCUGACUGUGCAUGAAUUCCGGUCGUAUGAGCUUUUCGGUCGUGCCGUGCUUCCUACUAUCGAUGCGCAGGGCUUGAAAUGGAGCCCAGACGGGAAGUGGAUUGCUAUCUGGGAUGUUGCCAGCGCCGGGACCAAGGUGCUGAUUUAUACGGCGGAUGGACAGCUUUUCAGAACCUACACGGGUCCACCUGGGGUGGAUGAUGCAUUUGAUCUAGGGGUGAAACAGGUAGAAUGGAGCCCUGCGACUGCCUCUAGCAAUACCUCCGCAGUGCUCGCCGUGGGUAAAGUCAACGGGAACAUUGACCUUUUGGGGACUCGCACGUUCUCUUCUGCCACCACACUCUCCCAUGUCUUUCAAAUCGACCAGCACUCGCCCAGUACUUGGCGCGAGCGAUACACCAGUGCGGCCGGUGAUGCCGAGUACGCCGAGGCAUCAAGCUCUUCUGCCUUCAGCAUGAGCCCUGAGUCUUCUGGCCCCCAACGCGGUGUCUGGACCAUGACAUUCAGUCCAGAAGGUAGUCUCCUGGCGACGGUGGACUCCAUGCGCUCGAACGUGGUUUGGAUAUGGUCGCUGGAGCCGACCCCGAGGCUAGCCUCUGCGCUGGUCCACGAACAGCCCGUCCGCCAGGUGAUUUGGCAUCCCUCGACGCCGCAGCUACUGAUCAACACUGUCUCUAAUGCGUGGCCGUCUGUGCGCUGGUGGUCGCCAACUGGCCGCCCGGUGAUCGCCCGGGUUCCUACUCAGAGAAGCGAGAGUGGGAAAUAUGAUUUGAAGUGGCUUCAUGAAGCUGGCGAGGACUCGGUUUUUUGGUUUGGGUCAAGCGAAGAAUACGUGGUUGGAUAUCUGUCUGUCGAAGACGGUGCUGUUCAAUUUGAGGUCUUGAGUUCUGUGACCAGCAAAGGCUAUGGAAGUUCUUCUGGAAGUAUGAGUCGAUAG